CGAGCUCCCUAUAAAUAAUGCUUAGCCAUGAUAUAGGAAUCAGAUCAUUCUCCAUUUCAGUUCUUAACUGAGACAACACAUGAAGAGAGAAUAGGAGGAAAUGGAUAGCAGCAGCAGCAACUCCGAGUACAAUCUGAGUGCAAGAGAGCAAGACGAGAUUGAUUAUGAUUAUACCGCCGUAUUCAUCAAAAUUAUCAACAAGCUAGUUAAGGUGCUGCUUAACCUUCUACAAGUGAUGUACUCAUCCAAUUCUUCGUUGAACAUGGUCAACGUUAUAAUCAUCAUAGUGUUCAUUCCAAUAUCAUUUGCUUACAUGGCUGUAACAGAGGUGAUAACCCAAGUUCCAAACACACGCUACCGUCAUGUGAUUGGACCCGUCAUUUAUGUUUUAGGCAUCCUAACUUGUGUCUUACUACUAUUGAUCAUCUAUCUAUCACAAGCUUAGAUCUAGGGCUUGCAUGGAGAAGGGGUUUGUGAAGUGAAGAUUCAAGACAGAGGAAAGAACAGGAAGAUCUAAGUAUGCGUGGGCUAACUCUUGUUAGUUGGUCAUCAGAGUUAAAUUUAUGUUGCAUCUGCUUGUUAUAUGGGUUGGACUUUAUGGGCUUUAUGGGCCCAUGCCUUAAUCCUUGUUUUAUUUGAUUUAGUAUGUUGUUUCGUAUGGGCUGGGAGCUUGUUUCGUGGGGCCUAGUUUGCAUUACUUACGGAGGUGUGUUUUAUUUGCUUUGGAGUAAUUUUAUUUAGGUUUGUACUGGAACUAUCCCAUGGCCUCAAUUGCUUAGUACUUUCUAUUAUAAUUUGUAUUAAAUAUAUAAUAUUGUAACGGUAUUGUGGAAUGUUAUAAAACUUUUCUAAUUUCCUCUCU